CCAGCCCUUUAUCUGAAAAUGGCAAACUUUAACCCCUUGCAGGGCCACGUUUGUGCGUUGAUCAUACUUAUCGGUUGCAUUACCACGUAUUUAUCGUAUAAACGUAAAAGUGCGGCGUACGGUGAAUAUUUUCCUAACGGAACCAACAUUUCGGUGACAAAUUUGAAAGAUGCGAAAAUGUUCAAAAAUUACCGAAAUUAUUUUAAAAUACCGAACCUGAUGCAAAAUGGAAGUAGUUCCAAUGACGACAUUUACAUUCUGGGGCUAUUCGAAUUAAGUACAAAAUGGGGAGUACGAGAGGAGGGAUUAAGUGAACUGGCCGCCGCCAAUUUGGCAAUCGAGCAUGUCAAUGAAUUUCAAAUUUUACCCGGAUAUUCCUUAAAACUAAUGGCAAACGACACUAAGUGCGAUCCUGGCGUGGGGGUGGACAAUUUUUUUCAUGCAAUUUAUUCCAACAAGGUAGUCUUGAUGGUUCUGGGAAGUGGAUGUUCUAAUGUUACCGAGAGUCUAGCGAAUAUAAUGUCCUAUUGGAAUAUAUUACAGGUAUCGUAUGGAUCCACAUCUCCGAUUCUCAGCGACAGAAACAGAUUUCCCCUGUUUUUUCGGACGGUGGCACCCGACUCGUCCCACAACGCAGCCAGAAUAUCUUUCAUAAAACACUUUGGUUGGAAAAUGGUUGCAACGUUUAAUCUAAGUCAGCAACCCUUUCAGCUGUCCUCAAAUAGAUUUGUGCGGGAACUUGAAGCCUCUGACGUGUAUUGCGUGGCGAUGAUUACCUUUUCUAUGGAAAAUUACAAGGAGCAAUUGCGCGUUUUAAAGGAACGAGAUACUAGAAUUAUAAUCGGGGGGUUUUCCGAAAAGAUGGCACCAAAAAUAUUCUGCGAGGUGUACAACCUAAAAAUGUACGGAAAGGAUUACGUUUGGAUACUGCAAGAUCAAAAUGGAAUUUGGUGGGAGAACUCUAAGGAAUGUAAUACCGAAGCACUACGUAAGGCGGUUGAAGGGGUUGUUUUGGUUUCGGAUUAUAAUUACUUGUCACACAAUGAAACCGCAAUUUCUGGAAUUUCCAACAUUGAAUUUGAAGAGCAACUGAACAUCUCCAAAAUAAAUGUUUCGAAACAUGCACCUCAGACGUAUGACGCCAUUUGGACAAUGGCUCUAAUUUUACGGGAAUCAACGCUUUGUAAACACAGCGGAUACCUAACAAAAUUUAAUUAUAAUAAUCCAGAUAUGGUGAAAAAGUUUGUUACUUCGAUGGCAUCUUUAAAGUUCAUUGGAAUUUCGGGCCCAGUGAAGUUCGAUGGAGCUGAUCGAAUCGGAAAUUCGAUAUUGAAACAAUUACAAAAUGGAAAUUUAAGCACCGUUGCCAUAUAUUACGCUGAAAACGGUUUUCUGGAUUUUGAGUGCCUGCAAUGUUCCAACAUCAAGUGGCACGGAGGCGAAACUCCAAUCGACCAAAGGAUACUAAAAUUUCGUUUGGUUACGAUACCAAAAUUGGCAUUUUUUGUUGUAUUUGGUUUUGCUACCUUCGGCAUUAUUUUGUCGAUGGUUCUACUUUAUUUCAACCUGCACUUCAAAAAGAGACACGCGUUUAAAUUGUCGAGUCCUAGACUGAACAAUUUUGUAGUGUUCGGUUGUAUUCUUGUUUAUCUUGCUGUUGUUUUUUUGGGUUUCGAUCAAGGUAACGCCUUUUUCGACAUAAAUCAGUCUCACUUGUGCACGAUUAGAGUAUAUCUAUUUUCAACGGGAUUCUCACUGACAUUUGGAUCAAUUUUCGCAAAAACGUAUCGAGUGCAUCGGAUAUUUACGUACAGCGCAACUAGCUUGAUCAAGGAUAAACUGUUGAAAGAUAAGCAGCUUAUUGCUUUAAUUUGUGUCUUACUGAUCAUCGAUGGAGCAAUAGUUCUGCUGUGGAUUAUGGUAGAUCCUUUAAAGAAAACGCUAAAAGAUCUUCCUAUAGAAAUAAAUUUGGAAAAUAAAGGAUUAGCUUAUCAACCCCAGGUAGAAGUAUGCCGAUCCGAAAACACGACAGGUUGGUUUGUUGUAAUCUACAGUUACAAAGGUUUCUUACUAAUAAUGGGCGUGUAUAUGGCAUGGGAAACAAGACACAUCAAGAUACCAUCUCUAAACGAUUCCAAAUACAUAGGAAUAUGCGUUUACAGCGUUGUAUCUAGCUCGACCGUCGUCCUACUGUUGAAUUUUCUUUCCGAUUAUACAACAGUAAGCUUUUUAGUGACCUCGCUAAGUAUUCUCGCGUCAACCACAAUCACGCUACUACUUUUGUUUACGCCAAAAUUGCGCGCAGUUCUCAGCGAAUCCGAUGGCGAGAAUUCGAUAGCGCAAAGUAUGGGUUUAAAAAUUGAAUAUAAUACGAGACGAUUUUUAAUAGAGGAUCAUCGUGAAGUCCUGUAUCGUAUAGAGGUACAAAACAAAGUGUACAAAACCGAACUAGAAACAUUGGAUAAGGAAAUCGCUCGGUUGGAGCAACUGCUCAAAUCGUCCACAGCGGAUUCAACUGGGAAGGAUCAAGUAUGCAAGGGCAUCGUAUUCCUGCCGGUGCCGAUAUCGUCCCAGUUCAGGGCAUCCUGGCCCUCCACGCAUAGCAAUGGUUUCAAGAAUCAGUUCCUUUCCGAAAAAGAAUUACACGAACCGCCGAAUGAACAAAAACUAAAAAUUUGUGAUCGGCUUAAAGGUUUCUUCGGUAGCAUACCGUCCAUGUGGAUGUUUAAUUUUGUUCAUGAGAAGACGAUUGGAGACGGCGUCGAUAAGAAUGAGAAAAGGGAAACGAAAUCGUUUCCGGAAGGUUGUAUUCGAUCAGAAAUCAUCGAGAUGUCGCCUAUUAGAUCAGCUGCCAGUUACGAAGUUGGAAGAUACUAAAAGAGACGAUUUUUUUGGAAAUCCUAAAAAUUAUCAGAAUGUGCACCUGUAGGUAUGGAAACCAAAUUAUAAUUUGGCAUUCCGCUUGUUCUAUGUAUUCUAGCGCGUGUAACAUACAUAUUAAUUAAACGUGUAUACAGAAUUAUGCUCCCAAACUGUCGUGAAAUAAGUAUGUAGGUAAACCUAGAAGUGUUACGUGCCUAGUGUAUAGUAGGUACAUAAUUCAAUUAGUUUCCAUUAAGCAUAAUAAGUUUAAGUGUAUAGAAACUCAAUUAAAGUGAAAUAUUAGCGUUUAGGAUAAAAUACAUCUACAUGGAAAUUGUGUAGAAUAAUACAUAUUGUUACAGGCCACUUCAAUUUAGUUUAACGUUGUAUUUAUGUAAUAUUAAAGUAAUGAUAAUACGAAAUGCCGACUAGCAUUGCAAAAUGGAAUGAUCGAACAGGGGUUGAAAUUGAAUGGAGAAACUGCGUAUAAGGCCCUAGGCAAUAGAAUAAUUGAAACGUUUAUUAUAGCGCCGUUCCUUUGUAAUUAUGAAUCCGGAAUUAGAUUGAAUUUAAUGAAAUAAGAUAGUGUACACGGAGGGUGUGUUUAAUCCCAAGAGUCCAAGACAAAGUUGUGGGCAACAAGUAUUUUUUUUUACGUCCGUUUCUGAGACUUGGCCCAAAGAUGGGUGGAAUUUAUAUACUGUUUGCAUUCUUAUUCUUGAUUACA